AUGUCUUCAUCAGUAAUAUUUCACUACAUAAUUUUAGCUUCGAGGUCACUGCUACUUCUCCCUUCCCCUUCCCAUUCUUCCGACCCAGACCCAUUACAAGACUUCUGUGUUGGAGACUUACAAGCUUCCCCAUCCCUCAAUGGCUUCCCAUGCAAACCCGCCUCCAACACGACCUCCGACGACUUCUUCUACUCCGGGCUGUCCAAGGAGGCCAACACAACCAACCUCUUCGGAGCGACGGUGACCGCAGCCGACGUGCUCACGUUCCCAGGCCUAAACACGCUCGGAAUCUCCAUGGCUCGGGUGGACUUCGGCCCGGGAGGGCUUAACCCUCCCCACUCGCACCCACGGGCCACCGAGACCGGGGUGGUCAUCGAGGGGAAGGUGCUUGUUGGGUUUGUGACCACAGGGAAUGUGUACUACUCCAAGGUUUUGGGCGUUGGGGAGAUGUUUGUCAUACCAAGAGGGCUUGUGCACUUUCAGAAGAAUGUCGGGGUGGGGAAGGCUCUUAUCUUGGUAGCUUUCAAUAGCCAGUUGCCAGGGGCUGUGGUUCCCCCCCCAACUCUCUUUGGCUCAAAGCCUUCUAUUCCUAAUGACGUGUUGACUUUGGCCUUCCAGGUUGAGGAGAGUGUGGUUAACGGCAUCAAGUCCAAGUUUGGUUAA